AUGGCCGAAGCGUGGACGAACCCUGGUCUGCCCGCCCUGGAUAGAAUUUGGUGGUCUGGGAUGCUCACUAUAUCCAAGGUUCCCAAGAUAUUGUUAUGUUGUGAACCUCCACCAAUACAAUUCAUUGUAAAACAAUCAAGGGUCCCGAGGCUGUUGCACGCUUCCUGGCAUGGAAUAUGCUUGCACGGGACGGUGUACCAUGAGAGAUUAGAUAUAGCUAAAAGCAUCCCAGUACCACCAGGCUGGGAUACACUAUCAUUCAAAAUUGGCGAAAUGCCCUUCGCCUUGGAGUUGGCUGGUCACAGUGCACCGAGAGGCCUGUGA